AUGGUUACCAUCACGGGCGUGGAGACGAGGGAUGUUCGGUUCCCGACUUCGCUCGAUAAGACGGGCUCGGAUGCUAUGAAUGCUGCGGGUGAUUACUCUUCAGCUUAUUGCAUCUUGAGCACCGAUUCCGAGUUUACCGGGCACGGUAUGACAUUCACAAUCGGCCGCGGUAACGAGAUCGUCUGCACUGCCAUUGCCCACCUCGCAGACCGCAUCAAGGGCCGCACGCUCGAGUCUCUCGUCGAGAACUGGGGCAAGACGUGGCGCCAUCUCGUCAACGACUCACAACUCCGCUGGAUCGGCCCCGAGAAGGGUGUCAUCCACCUCGCGCUGGGUGCUGUCGUCAACGCGAUUUGGGAUCUCUGGGCCAAGACACUCGGAAAGCCGGUAUGGCGCAUCGUCGCAGACAUGACACCGCAGCAGAUUGUCGACCUGAUCGACUUCCGUUACAUCACCGACGCCAUCACACCCGAGGAGGCUCUCGAGAUCCUCACAAAGGCCGAGCAGGGCAAGAAGGAGCGUCUGCAGGAGGCCCUCGACUCGCAGGCCGUCCCUGCCUACACCACAUCCGCCGGCUGGUUGGGCUACGGCGAGGACAAGAUGAAGGCGCUCCUCCAGGAGACGCUGAGCAAGGGAUACCGUCACUUCAAGCUCAAGGUCGGCAGCGACGUGGCGCAGGACAAGCACCGUCUCAGCAUCGCCCGCGAGAUCAUCGGCUUCGACAAGGGCAACGUGCUCAUGGUCGAUGCGAACCAGGUGUGGAGCGUCCCCGAGGCUAUUGAGUACAUGAAGCAGCUCAAGGAGUUCAAGCCCUGGUUCAUCGAGGAGCCCACCAGCCCCGACGAUGUCCUCGGCCACAAGGCCAUCCGCGAAGCACUCAAGCCCUACGGCAUCGGCGUGGCCACAGGCGAGAUGUGCCAGAACCGCGUCAUGUUCAAGCAGUUCCUGCAAUCAGGCGCCAUCGACAUCUGCCAAAUCGACGCAUGCCGACUGGGCGGCGUCAACGAAGUCAUCGCCGUGCUGCUCAUGGCCGCGAAAUUCAACGUCCCCAUCGUCCCCCACUCCGGCGGCGUCGGCCUGCCCGAGUACACGCAGCACCUGUCGACCAUCGACUACGUCGUCGUGUCCGGCAAGAAGAGCGUCCUCGAGUACGUCGACCACCUGCACGAGCACUUCUUCAACCCCAGCCGCAUCGAGAAGGGCUACUACGUCACCCCGACCGAGCCCGGGUACAGCGUCGAGAUGAAGCCAGAGUCCAUGGACAGGUUCUCGUAUCCCGGCAAAGAGGGCGUCAGCUGGUGGAAGAGCGAAGAGGCGAGGCCGAUUCUCGAGGGCGAGAAAUUCUAG